AUGGAGUCGGAAAAAGAGGCGAGUCAAGUGCGUGAAGUGUCUUUGGUUAAGCCAAAUUACAUGCUGAUGUCCUUGCAGAGGAUAUUCGUGUUAACUGUAAUAAUAGCUGGAGUUCUUGUUGUUGUACAUUAUACGCCGAUGCCAGAGGAGUAUUUCGAGAACUGUGACCGAGAAUGUCAUGAGUUGGAUUGGCCAAUGAUAUGCCGUGUGAAACUAGUCAUCGAAGUCUACAAGACGCUUAGCAAAUCUUGUGGCAGUUGCACAGAAAAGGAUGGUGGCGACUGUCCAGCAACAUGUAUAUCCGCAGACGGACGGGAGCGCGGCGUUCUGGUUGCCAACAGGGCUCUACCAGCCCCCACACUACACGUCUGUGAAAACGAUAUCUUAGUUGUAGAUGUGGUGCACCGAGCUCCUGCACACGCGCUCUCCAUCCACUGGAGAGGACAGCCACAGAAGGAGACACCCUUCAUGGAUGGAGCUCCUAUGCUCACACAGUGUCCUCAGCCGGCGUACACAACAUUCCAGUACAAAUUCCGGGCAUCCGCUGUAGGCACGCAUAUGUACCACGCACACUCGGCUGCGGAUGCCGCCGAUGGUCUCGCGGGAGCGUUUGUUGUCCGACAAUCCCCUCGUUUAGACCCUAUAAAAAAUUGUAUGAUGUGGACGCCACCGAACACACUAUAUUUGUGUCCGAAUGGGGCAUUCUAUGGGCCCACUAGCUGGGGUCGUAUCACGUAUUCCAAACGCCGAAUCUCUUCUCAUAAACGGUAAAGGGAAAUCAUCCGAAUCUCCAGACUCUCCGCAGUCGUCCUUUAAAGUGGAAUACGGAAAAAGAUAUAGAUUCCGGUUGGCUUACGGAGGAGGAUCAAAGAGUUGUCCAAUUAAAUUUUCAGUUGAUCGUCAUACUUUACAAGUUGUGACUUUAGAUGGCCACCAAAUUGAACCGGAGCGUGUGAAUUCAAUAGAGUUGGGUAGAGGCGAGCGAGUUGAUUUUAUCUUGGAAGCUAAAAGAGUACCCGGUGCUUACAAGAUAAGAGUAGCAGCGGUAAAGAGUUGUCAGGACAAUUUAGAAGGUGAAGCCAAUUUAGUGUACGAUAGUAAAGGGCAAAAAGUGUUGCAUAAAGAUGACGACAUAGUUGAUGCAGAAGUGUAUCGCGAGUUGACGACAGUGUCUAGUGAACGAUGUGAUUUGGACAAUGUGAUAUGUUUGCACGAGAUCCACUCGGCUAACAAGCUCCCUGCGGAACUAGCGGAGAAUCUCGACAAUAUCAUUUACGUGCCUUUUAAUUAUUCUACAAGACAAAUUUCGGCGAAACGAGUCGAGAGCUGGGGACAAACGGAUGGUCACCGCUUCACGUACCCAGCGUCUCCGCUGCUCACCCAGGGUGGUGACGUAGGGGCUAAUGCCUUUUGCCCCAAGGAGCCAGGACAAGGAGACGAGUGUGUCCACGUCAAGAACAUACCUCUGGAUGCCACUGUCGAACUAGUGAUGUUCGAUCAAGGUAAUUUAUUGGGCGGCGAAUCUGACCACAUAUUCCACCUACACGGCUACAGCUUCUACGUGGUCGGCGUGAGAGAACUCCACAGAAGUUACGACAGAGAAACCAUCAAGAAGAUGAAUGAAGAAGGUACACUGUUCAAUAAGAACCUCAUCGAUCCAGUUGAGAAAGACACCAUCGUAAUACCUAAGUUCGGUGUAGUAGCAUUACGUUUCAAGGCUGAUAACCCAGGCUUCUGGAUGAUGAGGGAUGAACGAUCAUCCCACUGGACCAGAGGCUUAGAUUUCAUAUUUAAAGUAGGGGAAGAAAGGGACUUUGUUCAAGCUCCCCCCGAUUUCCCCAAGUGCGGGUCUUAUGUUGGUCCCGAAUAUUUUCUAAUUUGA